UAAUGAUUUAUAAGAAGAAUAAAAAGAUCAAAUUUUUUGGCUAAAUGGGAAGUUUAUAGCUAAGAAAAUAAACUCAUUUGCAUAUAUAUAUAUAUAUAUAUAUAUAUAUAUUAUUCACCGAAGUUCAGAUUUUCGCUCUGAUUUAGUCAUUCCCAUCCACAUCUCUUCAAUAAUUAGCAAAAUUCAAGCACUUGGAGACACACACAUUCACACAGCUCAGAGAGUCAGAAGAGAGACCGAGGCUGAGACACAUUUGAUGGGCCUUUACCUUCCUCUUGUGCUUCUUCAUCAAUGGCCAAGCCUCUCCCUUCCUUCACUUUCUUGACCCUUCACAGAUUACCCAUUACUGGUUUUCACCUCCUCCUAAUCUUCCUCCACUCUCUCUUAUAACUCUCACCCCUUCGCCGGUUUUCCCGGUACCUCCUCGCCCUCUUAUUCUCCUGGUUAUUUCCCAAGAAAUUUUCCUGUCUGGGGCUUUCUCAAGAAUCUUUUGAGCCGAUCUAUUUUAUAUUUGAUCUGGGUUUACUUCGAUUUAUUCAUUUUUUCUUUAAAAUUAAAAAAUAAAAACAACCCAAAAAAAAGUGCCCUUUUUGUGUAUCAUUUGUUGGCUGGUUGGGGCGAAAAGGUGGGCAGAGUAACAGAAAAUUGAACUACGUUUAAAGAAGCUUGAAUUCCCGGGAAAACGAGAGAACUCAAUUUUUGAGUUUGUCUCUUAAGAAAAUUGGGAAUGGCAUCGGUGUUUCUUUUCCAUGUUGUGGGUGAUCUAACGGUGGGGAAGCCAGAGAUGGUGGAACUGUGUGAGACGGAGACGAUGGAGGCGGCGAUAAAAGCGAUCGGAGAGUCGAUGGAAUGUGGUAUACCGGUAUGGAAGAAGAAAUCACAUGUGGGUAUGGUUGAAAACGAUGAAAUGAGGCAGCAGAGGUUUGUGGGCAUCCUCAAUUCCCUCGACAUUGUUGCUUUCUUUGCUAAAAGUGAGUGUCUGGAGGAUCAUGAUAAGGCUUUGAAGACUCCGGUGUCUGAUGUUGUUGUUCCUAAUAAUUCUUUGCUGAGGCAGGUUGAUCCUGCGACAAGGUUGAUAGAUGCACUGGAGAUGAUGAAGCAUGGUGUAAAGCGUCUUCUUGUUCGAAAGAGUGUUGUAUGGAAAGGCAUGAGCAAACGUUUCUCAGUUAUCUAUAGCGGUAAGUGGCUCAAGAACAUGGAUACUAGUGGCAGCAGCAAUAGCCUUGCUGCCAAUCGGCCUUCCUCAUCUUCCGCUACCAGUACCCGCGACAAGUUUUGCUGUCUCUCAAGAGAAGAUGUUAUUCGUUUCCUGAUUGGCUGCCUAGGUGCCCUAGCUCCUAUUCCUCUCUCCUCUAUCUCCUCUCUUGGAGCCAUUAACACAAACUACCAGUUUGUUGAAGCCUCGUCUGCAGCCAUUGAAGCCACUCAUAAGCUUCCUGAAGACCCUAGUGCAGUUGCUGUUGUCGAACACACACUGGAAGAUCAGUACAAGAUUAUUGGAGAGAUAUCUGCCUCCAAACUAUGGAAAUGUGAUUACUUAGCUGCAGCAUGGGCUUUAGCUAAUCUCUCAGCUGGACAGUUUGUCAUGGGAGUUGAGGAUAAUGCGUCCUCAAGAUCACUGCCAGAUAUCUCUAUAAAUCAAACUGCUGGAAAUAAUAAUGUGGCUAAUGGUGGUGGGUCAACAAAGUUGAAAAAGUUCAGUAGCAGGAGUAUAGGGUUCAGUCCUGCGAGCGCAAGCUUGGGAGUGAGUAGAAGCAUGUAUAGAGGCAGAAGCGCACCAUUGACCUGUAAGGUUACAAGUUCAUUGGCAGCAGUCAUGGCUCAGAUGUUGUCUCACAGGGCAACCCAUGUGUGGGUGACUGAGGAUGAAAGUGAUGAUAUCUUAGUUGGAGUGGUGGGUUAUGCGGAUAUUAUGGCUGCUGUGACCAAACAACCAGCCCCAAUUAUCCCUGCACCAGGGCGGUCGACUGAGGGUAAUGAGAUUCACAAUUGAAUUAUUUCUUAAUUUUUUUACUUUCUCUGAAGUACUUCUUGCAUUGUAUUGUUCAGCAAUUUAUGUUUCCUAUGCAACUUGUGCUGGCUAGGAUGUAAAAACGGGUUUGAGACUUGUGGGUUUGUAACGUUUUGACCUUGUGUAGAACUUUGUUGCAAUAAUGAAUAAUGUGUCAAUUGAAACA